GCAUAAUGGCUGCCCUCAGACCCCUGGUGAAGCCAAAGAUAGUCAAAAAGAGGACCAAGAAAUUCAUCCGCCACCAGUCAGACCGUUAUGUCAAAAUUAAGCGUAAUUGGCGCAAGCCCAGAGGCAUCGACAACAGGGUUCGGAGAAGAUUUAAGGGCCAGAUCUUGAUGCCCAACAUUGGUUACGGGAGCAACAAGAAGACAAAACACAUGUUGCCCAGUGGCUUCCGCAAAUUCCUAGUCCACAAUGUCAAGGAGCUGGAGGUGCUGCUGAUGUGUAACAAAUCUUACUGUGCUGAGAUUGCGCACAAUGUUUCCUCCAAGAACCGCAAAGCCAUUGUGGAAAGAGCAGCCCGGCUGGCCAUUAGAGUCACCAAUCCCAAUGCCAGACUGCGCAGCGAAGAAAAUGAAUAGAAAGCUUGUUUGCACAUUUUAUUUGUGCUAAAUAAACCAUAAAAACUG